AUGAUGUGGUUUAUAUGGAUUGUGACCGCUUUGAUAUUGAUAAAGGCUUUCAAUAAAAUGACUACGGGCAAAUGCUAUUGUGAAAGCGUCAUGACCGGGAAAGUUGUCAUUGUUACAGGUGCGAGUGGAGGGAUAGGCUUUGAAACGGCUUUGGACUUAGCUAGAAGGGGAGCGAAGGUGAUAAUCGCAUGUCACGACGACGAAAGGGGCAAGCGAACUGUAGAAACUAUUAUAAAACAGGCAAAUAACCAGUUCGUUAAGUAUAUUCAUCUAGAUUUGUCAUCUCUGAAGUCUGUAAGGAAAUUUGUAAAAGAUUUUGCAAGCACCGAGGCAAAGCUGGAUGUACUAAUAAACAAUGCCGGGGUAAUUUACCCACGCAGGGAAAAAACUGAAGAUGGUAUAAUAAAGGGUAUGCAGAUUAACCAUUUUGGUCCGUUUCUGUUGACUGUAUUACUAGUACCAUUGUUAAAGAAAUCGGCUCCUAGUCGUGUCGUAAUCGUGUCGUCUGCGAUGCACAAUUUCGGAAACAUUCAGAAUAUUAAUGACGAGAAAAAAGGAUAUUUACAAACUUACGCAAAUAGUAAGCUUUGCAAUGUUCUAUUCAGCAAUGAACUGGCCAGAAGAUUGGAGGGCACAGGAGUCACAGUUAACAGUCUGAACCCUGGACAAGUCAACACUUCAUUGUACAGAAGUUCAUCACUACUGAACAAGUUGAAGAGAUUGGUACUGUCCAUUUUCUUCAAAAGCCCUGCAGAAGGAGCGCAGACGUCCCUUUACCUAGCGGUUUCCCACGAAUGUGACUAUAUGACUGGAUGCUACUUAGAGGAUUGCAGUGAAAGUAGAAUGUCUCCGAAAGCUAAGGAUAAGGAGUUGGCAGCUAAAUUGUGGUCCAUAUCAGAGGAACUAGUAAAACUCACUCCUGAAGAGACUCUCUGA